AUGCAGGUGAAGCUGCACGAAUAUACGAUGCCGGGUGUGCGCGUACCUGCGUCGUUCUAUCGCGGAGGGACGUCCAAGGGUCUCUUGCUGCGCGCAGCCGACCUCGCACCGUACGCACCGACGACGCGCGAUGCGAUCGUGUGCACCGCGAUGGGCUCGCCCGACCCGGACGGGCGCCAGAUCGACGGCCUAGGUGGAGGCGCCUCGUCGCUGUCCAAGGUCGCGCUCGUCUCCAAGCCGGGGCAGGGGCUCUAUACGCGCCUGCUGGCCAAGCUGGGCGGGAAAUGGAAGCUCCCAGGCGUCGCGUGGGCGGACGAUGUACGGCGGGCGCACGAUCCAGAGGACGGUUGGGAUGUCGUGUACCGCUUUGGCCAGGUCCCGAUUCGGGGGACCGAGGUCGACUGGAAGAGUACGUGCGGCAACCUGCUCGCCGCAGUCGGCCUCUAUGCGAUGCAGAACAAGCUUUUAGACAAUGCGGCGAUCCAGCGCGCUGCAGAGGAGCGGGGGGCGACCGACGCGUUUCCCAUGCCGAUCCGCAUCCUCAUGGCCAGCACGGGGAAGCGCGCGACAGUGAGCGUGCCAAUGCGCAGGAAUGCACGAUCCAAGGGCACUUGGGAACUGUCAACGGAUGAGGACACAUCGGUUGCGGGCGUGCCGGGCAAGGCGCCGGGCAUCCAAGUCGCCGUGCCGCUCGAUGCUACGUUCCUUCCGACCGGCAACGUAUGCGACUCGAUCACGGUCGGCGACAAGCCGGUGCGCGUCUCGAUCAUUGAUGCGGGACUCCCGACAGUGUUUGUGCACGCCGCCGACCUCGACGUGAGCGAGGCACAGCUCGUCAAGACGGCCGCCGAACUCGACACCGACACGCUCCUCCAUGCCAAGAUCGAGGCAGUGCGCCAGGCCGCGGCUCAGUGCACACCUGCACUCCAGCAGGCGCUCUGCUCAUCGGCGCCCAAGGUCGUGCUUGUGCAUCCCCGCACGACGUGCACCACGUCGGGCGGCGACGCGGUGCGCGCCGAGGAUAUGGACCUGCUCGUCCGCCCUGUCUCGGUCGGCCAGUUCCACCGCUCGAUCAUGGCGACCGGCUUGUCGGCCUUGUCGGUGGGCGCGGCGUACCCCGAGUCGAUCAUCGGCGAGGCACUUGCGCAGGGCGGUGCCGCUGCCUCGCCGUGUGCUUCGACGAAAAAGGCCGUGUCGAACGACGCACAACGUGCCAUCACAGUCGGGCAGCCGGCAGGCACGUCCACUGCGACAGUCGAGCUGAAAAACGGCACGCCGACGUCGAUCGUGUACGACCGCACGGCACGGCGCAUCAUCGAGGGGAACCUCGACAUUCCCCCGCGUGUUGCUCAGCGCUGGGCGCGUGAGUACGCGGCGCUAUUUGAGCAGCACAAAAGCAAGUAG